UCCUAACCUCUCUUAAUGCAUGCUUCAUCCGUCAGUCAGGCAGUGCUUUGCUCCAACACAAACACGUGAGAAAAUACUCGCUUCUGAAAAUGGGAGUGAAAGCAGCAAGGAAGCGUAAGCUGGCUGAGCAAGAAGAAUCUUCAGACUCUGACGAAUCGGUUGAAUUACCUCCUCCCACUAGAUCCUCUGACGACCCAAUCCCAAGAAAGUCAAAAUGGAUCAACAAACAGAGAGUGCUCGUAUUUGCUGCAAGAGGUAUUUCAUUCAGGGACCGACAUCUCAUGAAAGACCUGCGGAAUUUCAUGCCACAUAGUCGAGAUGAGAACAAGUUUGAUAAGAAAGAAAAAUUGUUUGCUGUGAAUGAGGUCUGUGAGAUGAAAAAUUGUAACAAAGCUGUUCUAUUGGAGGGGAGACUUAAAAGAGACCUAUACAUGUGGUUGGCUAACGUUCCAUCUGGUCCAUCUGCUAAAUUUUUGGUUGAAAACAUUUACACAACGGCUGAAAUGAAAUUGACUGGUAACUGCCUCAGGCAUAGUAGACCACUUUUGUCGUUUAACCCCACCUUUGACACAGAACCGCACUACAAAAUACUGAAAGAAAUUCUUAUCCAGAUUUUUGGUGUACCAAAUGGUCAUCCCAAAAGCCAACCAUUCAUAGACCAUGUGUUGACAUUUUCCAUAUUUGACGAUCGUAUAUGGUUCCGUAAUUACCAAAUUUUGUCAGAAGAUGGUGCUUUGGCUGAAAUUGGACCUAGAUUUGUUCUCAAUCCAAUCAAAAUAUUUGCUGGGAGCUUUGGUGGUGCAACUUUGUGGGAAAACCCUAACUAUGUAUCUCCUGGCGCGCACCGAAAACUUCUAAACAGUGCUGCUGCGUCCAAGUAUAUGAGCCGGGUAACUCAGAAGACACACAAUGAAGUUGACAGGCCUGAAAAAACAUAUGCCCUGAAUGAACUAGAUGAUAUAUUUGCUGGUGACGCAUUUGAGACAGCUCAGGAAAUUGUUGAAAAACAGUCAAAGGAAGAGAAUGAGGCGUUGGACAAAGAAAGUAGACAACCUCCAAAGAAAAAGGCAAAAAAAGUUAAGAAACCCAAGAUAGACAAAGAAAUAUCAGUGUCUGCAGUAUCUAAUGGGAAGUCUCCUAAUGGAAAAUCCCCUAAAGGGAAAUCCCCCAAGGUAACAGGUAAACAAGGAAAGAAAAUAAAGAACCAUAAAGUUGCAGCAAUCAAACUGAAAAAGGCUAAGGCCAAGGCAAAGGCCGCUCAGGCUUAGAACCAGUGAUGUUUUUAUUUUUGUAUUCUGUGAUUGUUGAAACUUUGAUAAAACUAUGAGACCCUGCCUACUGUAUCAGUUGGGUAUUAAAUGUAUAUCAGUCCUAAAUA